ACCCAUCCUUGUUCACAUUACAUAAAAAAUAAAAGUAAUUGAAUUAACACAAGUUAACUAUGUUAUUUCUACAAAAAUGUAGUACUGUAGGCUUUACUUAAUAAGGGUUUGACUGGCCAACUUAACAUUGUGGAGUAAAUCGCAAAACCCUCCUAAGUUUGGACAUUUGCGGAUACCGUACCUGCUUACCUGGAGGCGGAGCAACGGAACUGAACGGAAGACAGACGAGAGCGCGAAGCACAUUGAGGAGAAGAUGGUGGCUUUGCCAGAGUGAUUGAUCAAACAGAGAAAAUGACUGAUCCAGCAAAGUUGAAAAUUGUUCUAGGAGACAGUGAUUCAUUUAAAUUGACGCUGCCAUCUGGAAUACCCAAUUCUAUUGCAGAUUUUAAAUCUGAGAUCAGGAAACAAUGUGGUGUCACAGGAGAUUUUAGACUGCAGUAUCUUGAUAUGGACUUUGAUGAUUUCUUAAAUCUUACCUCAACAGUGGAUCUCCAGGACAAAGGAACAGUUAAAGUCAUAGCACAAAGUGCAUAUGAUGCCUGUUCUCUUUCUUCUGCUGACACUGAUAUACGCUCCUCAACUUCCUCAUCACCAUCUUGCCUGCCAGUUUCUCCAGCAACAUCAGAUGUUGCUUCUGCCUCAACUUCUGAGCUGUCUUCGUCCACAAAGCUGAGAUGUGAAACCUGGCCAACUAACUUUCCGAUCCCUACGUUUCCUUAUGAGAUAGAGCUGGAACUGCAGAAAGCCCACGAAGAGUUCUUGAAUGACGGUACUUUACUUGACAUAGACUCAAAACCCAAACUAAAAUCAGAAAUUAUGAAAUCCUUGGCUGCAGAAGUAGUGAAAUACAAAGUGUACCCUAGGACUGAAGAAUACGAAGAGGUUGCGAAGGCGCUGAUUACAAAGCAUCCAUGUCUACAGGAAAAAGGAUCAGUUGGUGGGUUCUAUGGCUGGAAGAUCAGUCUACAGUGGAAGAUGGCAAACUAUCGGCGUACACUGCGAGCAGCUGGCUGUUCUGAAGUAAAGAUAAAUUCUUUAAAACACAAACAUGGUGAAACUACAAAUCCAAACCAAGUCAAAAAGCCAAAGAAGGCUGAAGUAAAUUUUUACCCUGAUUAUCCAGCUGGAGAGAACACACAAAGCCUAGAAGAAGAGCGACUGGCAUUGCUGUCUGAGUUUCAGAAAAGGGACAACCAUCAAAUUAUUAAAAACAAAAUGGAAAAAACUUUUAUCUACAGAAGACAUGAAUUGAUUGUAGAGAUGCCCUUCAUUGUUGACUUCAAAAGCAGAUGGCCAGCUCUGUUUUGUGAAAAUGAGAUUGCUGCGGAAUUCAGUCGAAUCACUACUGUCCCGCUACUUCAGACAUUUAUGUCAAAACUGGAUGGUUACACCAGCAAGCUGGCCAGCAUCUACCGUAAAAAAGGAGGAAUUGCAGGGCGUAAAAUUUGGAAACUGAUGGCUACUAUCGACGAGAAUGACACCAUCUCAACUCGGAGGGCUUGUAUUCUCAGAGCACUUUCUGUCUACCUUAAUGAAGACUAUGAAAACCUCAUGAAGGAGUAUACAGACACAGACUUUGAAAACUCAGAGAGAGACAUGGCCAAUACUGUCAUUGGAAUCUACAUCGUCAGACCUGAAGGUGCAGAAGCCUGUGACCCACCAUCAGAUGUUGGACUGAUUGUUGAGGGAGUGAAAGUACUUCAGAACCUUGGCGAUGUCACCAAGGCUUGUGCUCUUCUUUUGGGAGUCAUAUACAGCUUGAAUCUCAGUUAUCCUUCAGAAUUGAAAUACACUUUUGAGUUUUUCCAGAAAGUCUUGCUGGGACUUGAUGCACAUAAACUGUCACACAAAAUACAAGUUCUCAAGAACAAACUUGUUGGCUGAAUCAGUACAUCAGUCUGGACAAAUGAAAGAAAUGGAGGAAGAAGAUUUUUUUUGUGUUAUUUGAUUUGUUUCUGCUUUUAAAAUAAGGGGACAGUUUUAAUGUUAUCUUUGUUGAUGGCGCCAAAAUUUUAAAUGAAGUUCUGCAACUUUAAAUGGUUUAAUUGUUUGGUUAUUUACAAAGAUUAGAGGUCAGUUUUAAUCUUCUCUACCAAUGGUUUAAACGAUUUCAGUUAUCAAAAAUUGAGCACUGUAGCAGUUUAUGACAUGCUGCCUGUCUUAAACUUUUAUUUUCUUUUUCUAAGUAAAAUUUAUUACACUUUGAAGGCAGUUGCACAUUUUAAAAUAACAUUUUGGUCAAUGGUAAUCUAGUUAGUAAAGUAGUAGUCAUUGUUUUUUUUUUGUUUUGUU